AAAUUGUACCCAUUGUGCUCCAGGACCUCGUCGCGGACGCACAUUGUCAACAUGAAGAGUUUAAUAAUUAUCCUCUCAAUCGCAACUUUUGCUUGUGGUGUCCAGUACAAUGGACUAAGAGUAAAAUUCGGCUGGUCAGAUGCGCUGGUGGACAAAGAGUACUUCUACAAUAUCCCCAGAACGAUCGCUCAAGCGGAAAAAGAAGGUUGGCGAAGGAUUGAGAGACCACCAGGCCCUCUGCCCGAGUUAAGGCUAUAUUGCCCCUCUGAUAGAUACGUAUGCCCCCUAUUUGACACCGCUGGAUUCGUCGCUGGAUUGCAAAUCGCUUUCCCGGUGGAUGAGUUCGAAUCUCCAACCAUAAAACCCGAGAAGAGAUUCGUGAAAUGGCGUGCUCCAGCUACGGAUUCCGAACCAGCUAGAGACUACUGGACGGCCACACAUUAUUAUGUCUCUGCAGAAUCUCUGAAAGCGGGCGCGGGUCCUACAGUAGAGAACGGUGCGACAUUGCAAGAUGGCGGUGUAUGGGUUAGUGACCUUGAAGGACAACUCAUCAGGAUCCCAAGUACCGAAGCCGAGCUGAACACGACCUUGUUUAAGAAACAAAACUGCAUUCCCAAUAUGGGAACUCAUUAUCACUGGAACAUGACCCCCGAAAAGAACUGUGAUGAUAUUCUGCAGUGGUUCGCGUUGACCAGCAAAUCAGACCUCAUCGGAGUGGGCUUUCAGUUCUUCGCCGACCUUCCACCCACGCCUGCUGGCAAACGGGACUGGUUCGAGCGUUACACAGAAAAGAAUCCCUCAAGCUACGAGAUGGUGAUUCCAUUUGCACCCAAAUGCUACCUCGAUUACGCCUCAAAGUAUAAUGGUAUUGGUCUUCACGUCUACUUCAUUGAUGACCCGUGGAACAUUCGUUGCGAGCCCGGAGAUUCAGCAAAGUCUGUACCUGUCCUGGAUCGAGUAAAGCUGAAUGGUGCAAGAUACGCGAACAAGAUGUACGACGAAGUGAAAAGUUAUUUUUCAUGAAUAAUUAAAAAGGAAUUCAUUUUAAAUAUAUCUUCUUAAUACAA